AUGGCACCCAUCAACGCGUUCCUUUCCCGCGCGACACGAGCGCUCGGUCGCGCGCCGCCCGCCCGUUCCGUACAGCCUUCCGCGCCCACACCGCCCGCACCAGCGCGCCCGCGAUGCCUCGUCUGCGCCACGGCAACGACAACCACCACCACGACCCGGCGCGCCUACGCCGCCGUGCCCUACGUGCCCUACAAACGCCGCGAAGUCCCGCGCCCGCGCAUCGCGCAGCCCAGCCUCUGGCAGAACCUGGUCCCCAAGCACUUCCGCUCCAAGCACAAGCGUCCGUUCACGUGGGCCGAGUGGAAGGCGAAGCCGUGGAACCCGGCGUCGGUGUGGAUCGCGCUCGGCCUGCUCGUCGGCUCCAACGCCAUCAACACGCUGGUGCUGCGGCGCGACACGGCCGACUUCAGCCGCAAGGCCGACGCCAAGAUCGCCCUGCUGCGCGAGGUGCUGGAGAAGGUGCAGAGGGGGGAGGACGUCGACGUCGAACGCAUCCUCGGCACGGGACAGGCGGAGAGUGAGAGGGAGUGGGAGGAAGCGGUAAAAGAGAUCGAGGACGAGGAGCGUACAGUGCAAUCUCGAAAGCGGAGAAAAGCUUCUGCUGCCGAAACCGCGCCACCUGCCAUAUCCGCAGGAGAUUCGACGCCCGCAAACGAUUCCAAAGAUGCAUCAACGAAGCUGGACUACGUAGUACCUCAGGAUCGCAGAGGGCCUGUUGGGUUUUACUGA